AGGGCAGCACAAUCAGCGGCGUGUGUCCGGUGCAGAUAACCGAGAGCGUUUAUCAACUCGCAUGUCAUUCGUUUGCAAGACUCCGACAAAGUAACUCGUGGACGGCUCGCGCGAUUUCUUCGUGGCCAGCGGAGCAAAGUGCGAGCACCUAUUCGACCUGGACCAGAGUCAUUCGUGACACGAAUUUCGGCGCCAUGGCCAACAAAGAUGGGAAGACGAAGCCGCAGUUCCCUUUCAAGCCGCCCGGACAGACCACGAUCUGGAAGGUAGUCGAGGCCAAGGCCAAGGGCAGCGAAGGCCCGCCGAUCAAGUUCACCAUUCAAGAGCUACCCGAGGACAGAUACGAAGAGGCUGUCGAGCACAUGUGCAAAUAUUUCAUCGCCGACGAGCCGAUGUGCAACUGCUGGAAUGGGAUCGAGGACCCGGUGUACGUGCAGUUCUUCAGGAAUCUUUGGACGGAAACGCUGAAGGAAGGGUUGACGGUGGCGGCCUUCGUCGACGAUCCAAAUGGCGGCAAGCCGAUACUCGCUGGCAUGAACGUGCUCAUGCUGAGCUGCAAGGACGAGGACGUCGACAUGACAAUUGCUGGCGAGUCGAAAAAAGCUGGGCAGCUGAUGGUCGUGCUCAUGGACCUGAUGAAGAAAGCGAAUAUUUAUGAGAAGUACGGCGUGGAUAGAUACAUGGGUGCCAUCGGCCUGUCGGUGCAUCCGUCGUAUAGGGGCGCUGCUCUGGGCAAGCAUAUUCUCGACGUCAGGAACGACAUCGGCCGCGAGUACAACAUGACGGUGUCAGCGACAGCGUUCACCUCGCCGAUCUCCCAGAAGCUGGCGGCGCGAUGUGGCUUCGAAGACGUCUACAGCAAGGAUUACGACGACAUGCACAACGAAGAGGGGAACAAGCUGUUCCCGGGGAUCAAGGCCAAGGAGCUGAAGGUCAUGGCGAAGAGGCUCGAUUAGGAUCCUCUGUUCGAAUCCUUUUCGGAAGUUUCCCCGCCACCUCCGACAUCUGUGCACGAAAGAUCCAUGGAGAACUUCGAGUCGAUCCUCUAACGAACGUCUUCCAGUUCGCAAUUCCUGUUGGUCUUCGCUGUUUAGUGUUGGCAGACGUAAUUUCGUAUCGGUGAUCCUGUUCCUCUCUGAGUUGGGCUGGGGACUGGUUUCCUCUCUGAAAUCGGCGAAGCGGUGAUAGUGAAAUUGUUAUACAAGGUAUUCCGUAAUUAUGUUAGCAACCGGAAUGAGGUGAUUCCUGAGGUCAUUUGGAGUAAUUUUUUCCUUAGCGAAAAUUCAAUCCGCUGCUUCGUUUACCAGUUAUUAACGAAAAACAGUGGCCAAUGAGAUGCGAGCUCGACUGGCGCCUCGCCCACGCGACCUCUGCCGCCACGUCAGACGGCCGGCGCGACGCGGCAUUGGCCGCGGGGCGGGGAGCCGGCCGCACUCGCUCGCCGAUUGGUCACCGUUUUUCGUUAAUAACUCGUAAACGAAGCGACUGAUCGCAUUUCCGCUCAGGAAAAAGUUUCUUUAAAUCACCUCAGGAAUCAUUCCUGAGUGUUAAUAUAAUUAUGAGCCAUUCUGUAGAAAAACACGAUGUAGUAAUUUUUCUCACGUUGUUCCUCAGUUUGUAACAGAAAAUGGGUAAUUCGGGAAGAAGAGAUACGAUUAUUCGAGCCUCGUGGCUCGUUUUUAUAGUGCGCCGAUUGUCAAUAACUAUAAUAAUAAUAUAAUAAUCCAUUCAAUAUAAUUUCAAAUAAUAUAAUAAUCAAUUAAAUAAUUUCAUAUAAUAUAAUAAUAAAGUCGAUAACUGUGAAGACAAGCCCCGAGACUCGAACAAUCGUAUUUCCUCUCCCAAGUUGUCCAUUUUUGUUUCCACGCUGAGGGAGAAUGUGAGUGAGAUUACUGCACUUCUGUUAAUAAAUUUGCCAAGAGACUAUAUUGAAAUACUUUGGGCAGGUACUCCAUCCUAAUGAAUGUUUUCUCUUUUCCUCGUUACCUGUGCACGACCCAAAAAGAACACGAAUUUUUGUGUUCGAGAAGACUCGGUCCGACAGUCUGUGUAUUGUUCAUUAUAUUAAAAUUUCAACGACAAUAAUUAUAUCGAAAGACAUUUUCGUCUCAGUUUGAUAUGAUUUAAAGAGUUGCAAUAUCAGAUGAUGGACUGUGUCUUCGAAACACUAGACAAUUCUUUGUAAAUAUGAAUAAAGCGUGUUUUAAGUUUAA